AUGGCAGAGCAGCAGGUUACCGAAAGUACGGCCACGACGACCCGACUGCCGAGGGUGACGAUACAGUUUUGUACGCAGUGCAAGUGGAUGUUGAGGGCUGCUUAUGUGAGUUCUUUUUCUCAUUGCAUCGUCUCGAACCGUUAUUGUCGGUUGAACUUGGGAGAACUAUUUCCUAAACGCCCCCUGUGUUUUGCUGUCCAGGUCCAGCUCUUGUUUCAAUUCAGGGAGUUGAUCUGCUUUUUUUCUUCUUCUGCACCUCAUACUAUUAUAUCGCCUGGCACAGUUCAUUCCCGCCGAUGCGAAGUUGCCCUCCAGCCGUCAACCGGAGGUGUAUUCAUCGUCGAGAUCACCACCUCUUCUCCCGCUACUACUACUGAAGCCGGGAGUAGCGAUCAAGUCAAGCUUCUGACGAAAAUCCUCUGGGACAGGAAGACCGACGGUGGAUUCCCCGAAACAAAAGAGCUCAAGAGACGCGUGAGGGACGUUAUCGAUCCCGGGAGGGGGUUGGGGCACGUGGACAAGGAUUAUUCCAAGCCCAAAUCUGGUGAGGGAGAGGACAAGAGAGAGGAGGGGGUAGAGAAGGGGAAAGAAGAAAAGAAAGUCGAGGAGGAGGGAAAGGUGUGCACCAUUGAGGGGAAGGAGAAUUGUGAGGAUUGUCAGUAG